UAAAAUCAAUCAGGGAGUCUUCUGUCAGUGUGCUGUUGACUGCCUGCCAGACAGCUGUCCUUCCAUCUGCUGUUGUAAGAAAGAAAGUUCUGGAAAGAUGACAGAAGUUAAAGAAUCUAUCUAUAAGGGCGUGGACCUCCACUGUAAGACCAAUAACACUGAACACCGCACCAAUGAAAUCACAGAGGAUCAGCUGAUUGUGAGGAGAGGUCAGCCCUUCAACCUGACUCUUAAACUGACGCAACCUUUCAACCCUGAGCUUCACCCACUCUUAAUCUCUGCAGUGACAGGAAAACAUCCAUCCGAGGACCUGGGGACGAUGUCACUCUUCAGUGUCUCUAAUACCGUGAAGCAUUCACCAAAAGCAAAGGCGGUGUGGAAGGCAGAGCUUCACAGUAGCUCCUCCCUCCUACUGGGUAUUGUGAACCUGACCAUUACACCCCCAGCUGCCACCCCAGUAGGGGAGUACCUCCUGACUGCGGCACACAAGAAUGAGGAAUUGUUGCUGACGAAGCUGGUGGUGCUCUUCAACCCCUGGUGCCCCGAUGACUGGGUGUUUCUGUCUGAUGAGGAGCAGAGACAGGAAUAUGUGAUGAAUGAACAAGGAAUCAUAUACAAAGGAAGUGGAAACUACAUCUCCUCUAUGAACUGGGACUUUGGACAGUUUGAAGACAGAAUGGUGGACAUUUGUAUGAGGAUAUUGGACCUCAACCCCAAACACUUUAAGAACCCAGCUGAUGAUACUUCUGCUCGCUGUAACCCCAUCUACGUCAGCCGCGUGGUCAGCGCCAUGAUCAACAGUGAAGAUGACUAUGGUGUCGUGGCGGGACGAUGGGGAAGUCCAUACUGGGGUGGGGUCGUACCCUCUCACUGGAAUGGCAGUCACGCCAUCCUUAAGCAGUGGUUCCAAACCGGCUGCCAGCCGGUCAAGUACGGGCAGUGCUGGGUGUUCGCCGGUGUGAUGUGUUCAGUGAUGCGCCUGCUGGGCAUCCCCUGCCGCGUGGUCACCAACUACGAGUCAGCCCACGACAACAACAGCAAUCUGAUCAUUGACGUGUACCACGCAGACUACGGAGUCAGACAGAAAGAAUCCCCUGACAGUGUUUGGAACUACCACGUGUGGGUGGAGGCAUGGAUGAGGCGGCCAGACCUGUCAAAAGACGGCAAAUACGAUGGAUGGCAAGUUCUGGAUCCAACGCCACAGGAGAAGAGUGAAGGGGUCUACUGCUGCGGUCCAGCCCCAGUCAAAGCCAUCCUGAAUGGAGACACAGAUCUCAAAUAUGACGUCCCAUUUGUCUUCGCUGAAGUCAAUGCAGACUGUAUUGACUGGCUGGUAAAAGCUGACAGGACACAUGUGAACAUCUGGUCUGACACUAAGAGAAUCGGUCAGAAUAUCUCCACAAAGUCCAUUGGCUCCAGGAAGAGGUUGAACAUCACCGACUCCUACAAACAAAAAGAGGGAACAGACAAGGAGAGGUCUGUCUUUUUAUACGCCAGCACCAGAAACAUGACUCACAAGGAUGAAGAGAAGGAGGAGGCAGUUGAGAAUGGGGGGACAGUCGAGAAUGGGGGGACAGAGGGGAACGAGACAACAGACCCUGAGGCCAUACGAACUGAGGAUGAAGUAAAUGUGGACACGACGCCUCCACUGCCGCAAGUGUUCAUUCGAUUUGAAAAGGAGUCCAAACCGAUGAACGGUAAGGAUGUGAGCCUGAAGCUGGUGCUGAACAGUGAGAGCACUGUUUCCAGGCCGCUGUCCAUCCACAUCAGCGUCCAAGCCAUGACGUACAACGGCUCGCCAGCAGCGAACAUCCAGGCUGAGGUGAAGGAGGAGACGCUGCUGCCCGGGAAAGAUCUGUCCAUCCCAAUCCUGGUCCCAUUCUUGGCCUACAGUAAACACAUGAUCGACAGUGACAGCAUGAAGGUUUCAGCCAUCGUCACUGACAAACAGAACCCCGAGAACAAAUACCUGGCUGAGGAUAACGUUGUGCUGCUUGAGCCUCCCUUCUCUGUCACCGUGUCCGGUCCGGUCAGACUGUACCACGGGGCAAGUGGGGAAGUGAUCUUCAUGAACCCGGUCAACGAGACGCUGAAGGACUGCACUCUGACUCUUUCUGGAAGUGGCCUCUGGAAAGAUGAUACUGAAUUCAAGAUUCCAAAUAUGAAGCCAAGCACCCGAAUACGUGUCACGUUCUUCUUCGUCCCCUACAAGACCGGGAAGAGGACUAUCCUGGUGGACUUCGACUGCUCCACCUUCAGGGACAUCAAGGGCAGCUGCACUUUCAAUGUGGAGCCAUAAGUUCUCGCUGAGUAAGAGCCUCGUAUGUUGACGCAGAAAGUGUCGUAACUCUCAAUAGAUCACCCUUUACAGAAUCUAACAUGUCAGUACAUUUGUUACAUUCCAGGAAAUACUGACUGUAUUAUAAUUAUUUCUGCACCUGUAAUUAACUUUUUUUGUGAAACUAGUUUGUCUUCAUUCAGUGAUUUUUUGCAUGUUGUUUUUAAACGAAAUGUGGGUGCAGAGUGUAUAAAGAUCGCCAGCUAAGCUCACUAACAAACCCUGUGCAGUGUUUAAAACGAAGCUGUAGAAAGCCAUUGUGCCAAAGUCCUGAGUUGGACUUAAAAUAUCGUUAAACAUUAAAAAGUAAAGAAAGAGAGAUGCAACUUACGAGCAGUGCCUAGUAGAGAGAGAACAAUAAAGGAAGUAUAGUAAAGAUAUGAAACCCAGUAGAUAGAUAGAUGGAUAGAUAAUAUAUUUUUUAUUUAUUUAAGGUCUGAGUUACAGACAAACUGACUCUGACUGUUUUAGGUCUGAUACUGACAGCUACUGCAGAUUAUCUUCAGACUCUUCAUCAUUAACAAGUGAACAUACUUCAGAUUUGCUUACCAAAGAUAUGUGGUGGAUGCAGGGUUUUUUUUACAUUUGAACAAUUCUUAACACUGCAAGCUCGAUUUGCAGAUUGUUAUGAAAUCUACUGGAGAAACAGUGGAGUGCUGAUGUUGUCUAUAAAGUACUUUAUAUGCACUUUUUUCACAUUUUAUGUAAUGUUUGACCCCAUGCACACUGAUAUAAAGAUAUGUGAUGAACCAGUAUUAUAAACUGUUCCUUUAACACUGGUGGUGACACACUCAUCAGGAAAUGUAAAACUUUACAGAACGGAAGAAUGCAGCUAAACCAACUAACUGAGCUGGUGUUAAAGUGUCCCCUUGUGGCUAAAUAAGAAAGAGACCAAACGCUGUUUAAGGUGGACUGUAUCUGUUUUUGUUUUAUGGUUGUAUUGAAUAUGUCUGCAACAAGCACAAAUAAAAUGUUUAUUGAGA